AUGUCAUUUGCACAGAUCGUUAUAGGACCACCAGGUUCAGGAAAAUCAACAUACUGUAAUGGUACAUCACAAUUCUUUAAUGCUAUAGGAAGACAUGGACAGAUAGUAAAUAUGGAUCCAGCUAAUGAUGCACUUCCUUAUCCAUGUGCAGUUGAUAUUAGAGACUUCAUCACAAUUGAAGAAAUCAUGCAAGAACAACAACUAGGCCCUAAUGGUGGUCUAAUGUAUGCUAUGGAGUCCCUGGACAAAUCUAUAGAUCUCUUUAUAUUACAAAUCAAAUCCUUGGUACAGGAAGAAAAAGCUUAUUUGGUAUUUGAUUGUCCAGGUCAAGUUGAGCUUUUCACCCAUCAUUCCUCACUUUUUAAAAUCUUUAAAAGAUUAGAGAAAGAACUAGAUAUGAGAUUUUGCGUAGUAAACCUUAUAGAUUGUUACUACCUAACGUCUCCUUCCCAAUAUAUUUCGAUUCUUUUACUGGCAUUGAGAUCUAUGCUUAUGAUGGAUCUACCGCAGAUCAAUGUAUUCUCUAAGAUCGAUAUGAUCAAAUCAUAUGGGGAACUUCCAUUUAAUCUUGAUUUUUACACAGAAGUACAGGAUCUGGAUUAUCUUCUACCGUAUGUAGAGAAAGAGAGUAAUAGUGUCAUGGGUAAACGUUAUGCAAAAUUAACCGAGACGAUAAGUGAAAUGGUAGCUGAUUUUAAUCUGGUUUCGUUUGAAGUACUUGCUGUGGACGAUAAAGAGAGUAUGAUCAAUUUACAAUUAUCGGUAGAUAAGGCUAAUGGCUAUAUAUUUGGGGCUUCCGAGGUUGGUGGUGAUACUGUAUGGGCAGAGGCUACUAGAGAUCAAGGUUUACGUGAGAACAAUAUCCAGGAUAGAUGGAUAGAUAAUAAAGAAUUAUACGAUAAGGCAGAGCAGAAGAGAAGGGAGGAGAUUGAAAAGGAUAGAGAGAUGCAAGAAAAAGAGAUUGAUGUGGAUAAUGAGGAUGAAUGGGAUAGGGCAUUAAAGGAUUGGGAAGAAAAGCAAGGUACAGAUUAUGUUAGGUAA